AUGACUUCCAGGGAUCUCUACGCUUCAUCCUACAAGAAGAUCUUUGGAGAUGCUCCCAGGUCCUCCAGCUACCUGUAUACAUCUAGCUCUAGGUCCCCUCAGAUAUACAAACCCAGAGACACCUACACCAGCAUCUCUUCUUAUAGGAAGACCAGCAGUAGGUCCCCAGGCAGCCACCUCGCCUCCAUCCCUCAAGAUCAUUUUGACUUGUCCCAGUCCACCGCCCUCAGCAACGAGCUGAAGAUCGUCAGGACUAAUGAGAAGGAGCAGCUGCAGGGUCUCAAUGACCGCUUUGUCACCUACAUCGAGAAGGUCCACCAGCUGGAGCAGCAGAACAAGUUGCUGGAGGCAGAGGUGACCUUGUUGAGGCAGAAGCAGUCCGAACCCUCCAGGCUCAGCCAGGUCUAUGAGCAGGAGAUCAGGGAGCUGAGGUCCAGGCUUGAGGAACAACUCCAUGAGAAGGACCAGGCUCAGCUGGACUGCCAGCAGCUGGAGAACUAUGGCCAUCAGCUGCAGGAGAAGCUGGCACAGGAGGCUGCCAAGAGGCAAGAAGCUGAGGAGGCCAUGAAGGACUUCAGGAAGGAUGUGGACCAAGCCACCCUGGACCGCCUGCAGCUGGAGAAGAAAGUGGAGUCCCUCCUGGAUGAGUUGGCUUUCCUGAGGAAGGUCCAUGAAGAAGAAGUGGCUGAGCUUCAGAGUGCUGUGACAGAGGCGCAGAUCACCGUGGAGAUGGAUGUGGUCAAUAAACCAGAUCUCACAGCUGCCCUGAAAGAAAUCCGUAUGCAGUACGAGGUCCUGUCCACUCGCAACCAGCAGACAGCUGAGGAAUGGUACCAGACCAAGAUUGCCAAUGUCACCCAGGAGGCAGCGAAAAACAAUGAUAACAUGCGACAGGCCAAGGAAGAGAUCAAUGAGUAUCGGAGACAGCUACAAGCUCGGACCCUGGAAAUCGAUGCCCUGCGCAGUGCUAAUGAGUCACUAGAGAGGCAGCUUCAGGAAAUUGAGGACAGGAACAAUGAAGAGGUUGCCCAAAUGCAGGAAACAAUCAACCAGCUUGACAAUGCUCUAAGAACCACCAAGGGAGAAAUGGCUCGUCACCUGAGGGAAUAUCAAGACCUUCUUAAUGUCAAGAUGGCUUUGGACAUUGAAAUAGCAGCAUACAGGAAACUCCUGGAAGGAGAAGAGACCCGUCUAACUACAGUGGGAGGUGGUGGCAUGUUUGGAAUUGGCUACUCAUACUCUUCUGGUUCGUAUUCUGGGGGCAAAACAUACCACUCAAGCACAAUCUCCACCCACAAAGAUGAGAAAAAAGAUGCAUCUGAUGGAGGGAAGGGAGGUUCUCCUGUCCAGCCUAAGCCACCAAAAUCAGCAGAUGCCUCUUCUGAUAAAACCACCUCCAAGAACUGA